ACUCACCAACACAAUGAUCGCGCAAACCAUCAGGGCCUCGCGCCAGGCGCUCGUCCGCGUCGCCCGGCAGCAACCUGCCUACGUCGCCCGCCGCACCUUCAUCACUCCCUCGGCCGUCCGAUCAGCCGAUCUGGUACAGGACCUCUACCUCCGCGAACUCAAGAACUACAAGGUCCCGCAAGUCAAGCCCACAGACGCCGAGGGCCACGUCCAGAAGUUCACCGUCCCCAAGACGCCCGCUUCCCCAGAGGAGAUGGACAUUGCAAAUGAGUUGAAGGCGUACGAGACACAGACGGUUGACGUUGAGGGCGCUGCAGGCGAGGACGACGCUGUGCUCCCGCAAGAGGAUUGGUUCGAGGAGGAGGAUGAGAGCAUUACCACUGCCGGUGCCACCCACUAGAGGAAGGUUCCUGGGCGAGGGCCUGCCUGUAUCGCAACACUAGCAAUUGUGCCAAUACCACGGGGCAAUAGAAACCGAGGCUUGGAUGUAUGU